AUGAUCCAUAAUCCACUUCUUCUCCUGCUGAAGAAACUUUUUAGUCAGAGUAGGAUGAAUAUUAACUAACCAGGAAGACUUCAAUUGACUGAAGAGUAAAAAGAAGACUUCAGAAAGGAAUGUGGUGCUUUUAUAGUUAGAUGGCUAGAAUAGGGCCUUUGCACUGAGGAACUCGCAUAAGAAUACAGAGACGAUCUUGAAUUUAGAAUAAAUUCCUAUACAGAUGCAGAAGGAUAGGAGGAAACUUUUGAAUAAGAUCUUGAAAUUUGCCGUAAAGAAAAUGAUGAAAUUGCAAAAUAGACUCAGUGA